AUGUUCCUGGGAGGUGCAGGCUUGUCCGACAGGACCAGGUACCAGCCAUGUAUGAUCCGAGAGUCGUGUUUCUCGAAGGCGCGGGUGUGUCAAAGAGGAAGAAACGGUGCGCUUCUGAGGAAAUACGAUGCCAUAGGGACCAAAGGACCGAGCCUUGGGGCCUUUAGAAGACUCAGCGGCGAAGUGAGGACCACGAUCCUCCUGAACGAACCUCUGCUGACCCUGAAGUCCGUCAGAGGCAGUUGCGGCCGAUAG